ACCGACGAGUAUAUCAUGGAAUUGAUUAUCGCAUUCAUAGCCAAAGACUUGCCGCCAGUAGUGAGAGAUAAGAUCAAAAGGGACUGCAAUUCAAAGCCUGACGUGAAGUCAAAACUCAUUAAAAUCAGUGAUGAGCUCAAAGAGUUUGUCGGAAAAUCACUGAUAAGUCGAGACUUGGAGGAGAUUUUGUUGAAUUCACACCAAAGGGUUAAACUGUUCUCAAACUACAGAAUUAAUUUGAAAAAUAAGUUUUCAAAGUUUACGGUUAAUAUCGGAAAGAAAUACUUGGAAAUGAAUGGAAAACUACUUAUUAUAAAACCUCAACAAAAUAGUGUUAACUUUGAAGAUCUAGGUUUAGAUGAAGUCGAAAAGAUUAAAAAUGCAUACUUUUUGCCCGAAAAGGGAUUAGAAGGGAAACUCAACUUUCAAACAGUCGAUGGAAAGGCCGAAGACAAUCAAGUGUUCAAAACGUUUGAUAAGAUCGCAGAAUCUAUUAAUAACUUUUUGUCCAAAUAAUAGC